AUGUACGACUUUCGGCUUGCUUGCGCGACUGCUAGUGCUACUGCCACCACACAGGCGGCGACGUUCCCCCAAACACGGGAGCAGCUCGAGCAGCUGCGUGCACGUAUCCGCGGCGCUUCCAGCAGGGUCCUCUUGCUUCAUGCAGAUGAGAUGGAGGAUGGAAUCGGGGCCCGCUUCAAGAAAGCACUGGAAUUAGUCGCUGCCUUGCUGGUCAUCGGCUUUCAUGCUGCGUUGCUGUCGUUGCCACCGGCGGGGGGUCUUCUGCAUCCGCGAGGCUUUGAGCGGCCCGUGUGGUGUCAUGAGAGCCCGGCCGAUGGUCGACCGGAUCCAUCGAAUCCCGAGUAUCCGCUGCGUUGUUGGCACUUCGAUUUGCAGAGAGACUUCCUGGCCCAGAGUGAGGUGCCGGAAGGUCGUUUGCUUCUUUGGGGUGCGGAGGAAACCGUGGAGCUAUCUUCUGAGCCGGGAACGGCGCCAUCGCUGAAGUCGGAGUUUCGAUGCUUAUACUUCCAAGGCACGCUGGAGGGACCUCCGUGGCAAAUGCUGAAGAAGGAGGGCAAUCUCCGAGAGCGUCCAGAGAUUCGUCGGUUGUUCUCCUCCGUGCGAAGUUUCGCGUCCCCAAGCAAGGUCUUGCCCAUACGCCGCGAGGCUGGUUGUGGCUAUGGAGGCCCCAGCGAUGUGAAGCACAUGGCACUGCAUGUCCGUCGUGGUGAUGUUGGAGAAGCCGCUGGCUAUUCGCUGACGCAGCAAUUGGAACCCAGAGCUUUCUCAAGGUGGCUGUGCGGGCUCGCUAGGGCAGUGGCAGAGCCGUUGGACGUUCGACUCGCCCUCCAUGUCUUCACGGAGGCAGUUGGGCAAAGCCGCGAAGCGCUGGUGAAAGUGGGUCUGCCGGGCUUUGUCUUCGCGCCAUCAGCUGCUGACGAGUUGCAAGUCUUCCACACCGUGGCUCAGUUCGAGGUUGAUCCGGCCUGCAGCGCGCUGGUUCUGCCAGAGGUUCACGUGGUUGUGAACAACAACCCGCGGCAGGCGCUGCUCUGCAUGGCACGUGCCGAUGUCCUUGUCACCAGUUUGAGCAGUCUUAGCUGGACAGCAGCCGUUGUCAAUCCUGGGCUCGUUCUCCAUCCUCUGCCGAAGGAAGAGGAGAGAACUCACUGGGACUUGCGAUCUCAGUACCUGGACUGGGCCGACAACUGGUUCGCGGCGGCAGACGUUUGGCGCAUUCCAGAGAAGCUCCAGCAAGUUUUCACUGAGUACCUCCGGAGUCAGAAAUAG